AGAAACACUGCUCCAGUUACAUGGGUAAAGGGUAAGAGCUGUGCCCCAGGGGAUCAAUGCCUACACCCCCUGGCAUGAGGGGGCAGAGGGAAUGCAGCCUGUACCAACCUCAGCUCCUUGUGUGGCAUCUGUGCUCUGAGGGAGGGCAGGGGCCAGCAUCAGUGCACGCGGGAUUUAACCCAAAGCAUUAAUUAUUAAGCUUGUUAGCAGGGGAGCCACAAGCUGACCCAUAAAGCAACAACAUGGAGCUACAAAUACAGCCCUGUGCAUGAAUCCAGCUUCUUUAAUUAUCCUUGCAAAUUAAUCCAUUUCCCCAGUGCAGGGGAUUUGCUUCGUGCCAGCUGGCACCUCUCUAGCAUACACAUGCAUGCGGUCUGCCCAGCAAGAGGCGGAGGCAGCUUUGAACUCAGGACUCUCAGCUUCACGGGGGAACAGGGCUGUUAACCAGGAGGGAGUUGAGGCUUGCAGCCACCCUCUGCUCGCUGGGAAGGGGAUGUGUGGGUGGCAGGAAGCAGAGGCCUCUGCAGAUGUCUCCUCAGCAUCGCUGAGCUCCUGGGCCCCUACCUGCACCCCAUGGUCCUGCCCUCCUUCAUCCACCUGCUCCAGGCUGAACACAGCAGCAGGGCCAGGUUGGAUGGAGGGGCCCACAGGGAGACAUUCAGGUCGGUCCAGGAGGGAGACUCAGGCCCAGGCAGGGAGGCCUUGAGCUGGGAUGGAAACAGGGGUGGGGACAGGAAUGGGGAUGGGUGGAGUACCAGGUAUGUUGAAGGGAUUCAGAGUGGCCUAGACACAUUGGAGGAUCGGGCCCAAAGAAAUCUCACGAGGUUCAAGAAGGACAAGUGCAGUCCUGCACUGAGGAGGGAACUAUCCCACGCACCGGUGCAGGCUGGGGGCUGACUGGCUGGGCAGCAGCUCUGCAGAAAAGGACCUGGGGUGAGACGCCACAAGAAGCUGAUACGAGCCAGCAGGGUGCCCGUGUUGCCCCCAGCUCUCCAGGGCCACUCAAACUCUCGAAACCCGCGCACCGCUGGGAGGCGGCGGAGAGCGCAGGCUGCGUCCCCAUUGGCUGGCGGCGGGGCCGGUUGCUGGGAGACGGGUGUCAACAGAACGCACAGUAGCAGCGGCGGCGGCAUGGCAACCAGCUACCGCGCGGGGCAGUACGAAGACGCCUUCACUGCCCGGAACCUGCAGAACUGGGCCCUCCCCCGGCUCCCGAAGCAGCACCCCGGUGCACGGGAAGGCCACACGCAGUUUAUAACCGAUGACAGAGGGCACCUGCUCCCCACCGUGCCACGCUCCAAGGCUUCCCCCUGGGGCACGUUUAUGGGAACCUGGGAUAUGCCUCUGAAGAUUCCCCCAGUCAAACUGAACCUGACCUCUCGCUCGGUGGCUGCAGCCUCACGUCUCACUGACUGGGUGUACAAGUCCAAGGCACUGACUAGUGCCUGCAACGGCCUCCUCCCAGAGAUCACUGGCAAGCCCCAAGAACUGGAAUCACACCAGGAAGCAGCAAAGGAGACUUCCGAUAAGAACAGUCGAGCAUCUAACAGAGACCUCCAGCUCCACAGACCCUCAGCUAAAAUGCCCCCUGAGGAAGAGGAAGAUUGUUACAAAGGAGCCACUACACCCAAGAUCCCUCUGUCACGCCAACCUGGCUCCAUGGAUGUGCGACUCUCGGGAGCUACCUCUCCAGCGGUACCAGUCUCGCACCAGCCUGGCUCAAAAGAGGCAAAGCACAGAGGAGCCUUGCAACCCAAGGUCCCAUUGUCACGCCAGCCUGGCUGCAUGGAUGUGCGACUCAAAGAGGCCAUCACACCCAAAGUCCAGGCUUCAGGCCGAACCACAUCCAGGGAAACAAAUCCCCGGCGCACCAUCUCAGCAGAGGUCUCAGCUCCAAGCCGACCUGGCUCAAUGGAAGCUAGACCCAAGGGAGUUAGCUCACCUAACCUCAUGGCUUCAUCUCGGCCGGGAUCAAUGGAGGCCAACUUCAGAGGAGCAACAUCACCCGAUGCCUUGGCAUUAGGCCGCCCAGGUUCAAAGGCCAGCCGCACCUCCGAGACAUGGAUGAGGAUGUUGGAGGGAGGCAGAGAGGAACAGGAGCAUGUCACUCAAGAGGGAAGAGUCAGCAAGACCCAAAUCUUGCUCUGAAGAUUUGGGCAAGCAGUCAUCUAAAGGCCAGAGUAAAAGCUAUUGCCGACACAUGAAUGAUAACUGAAAGAGGUCAAACCUCACCUCACUCUGCAUCUCCAGCUGUUCCCACCCUUUUGCUUCCUGCAACUCUAAUCACCUCCAACCCCAGCCUCCUUUCUCUUUCCUGUUUUCCAGGCAAUCAGUUUAAUCCCUCUAGCUUUUCCCCUUGCAUGUGCUAGUUUCUUUGCAUGUAAGAGCUGCCACCUGCAGCAGAGUGAGCUGAACCAAACAGGCAGUGAAACGAUCAAUUUUCAAGCCACUGACCCAAUGCUGCUGUCUGGGAUGGAGGCAGGGGACAUCCCCCAUUCACCUGAGCUUGUCAACACAACCAGUCAAAACAGAAACCCAGAUGGCAAGAGGGGGCCACUGAUUCUGAAAGAGCCCGAAUAACCCUGAUGAUUGGAUGGUACUAUGUGGUUGAAACAUGCGCUUUCCCAGUAAUCAAUAUAAAAAUAAAACUAAAACACAAAAAACGAACUCAGUUUUUGUUUCACACAAGUAACAUCCAAGGCAAGGCAAGGCCUGUGCUGACAGCUUCCACAGAGCCCUGGCAGUGCAAUGGAAAUGCAGCAAACACCGUCAGCCACUUGAUGCAGUGGUGCCCACCCACAAUCACCCAUGGCAUGCAGCCUCCUGCUCUCACACUACACCUUCCAGAGGGAGGCUGAAAUCUUUUCCAGCUGAUAAAGUGCUGGGGCUGAGACUGAUAUUUUGGCUCUGGCUGAGGCAAGAGGCCUGGCAUCCCCCAGCAGAGAGUGCUUGAGUUCACCUAGACCCAUAUUCACUGCCAAAGCUUCAAGUGCCCCGAUUUGGCUCCAGCAGAGCAGAGGCAGGGCCCAUUCCUGGGGAAGACUUGCCCUGGGCUCUAGGCUGGCUUGUUUAUUAGCGUCAGUUCACUUCGUAGGGAAAUCCCUGGUUAAACAGGCAGAAGGGAAUGCAACAGGGCCCAGUUGCAACCUGCACUCCUCAGCCAGUGACCACAAUCUCCCUUGGGAUGAAGUCUACCAUUCGCCCCAACAAUGUCCAGGGAAGGCUGCCCUGUGGGCCAGCAUUUGGCUCCCACAUGUUCUGGCCUGCUGUGACCUACCCCCAUUGCUAGUCCCAGUGUAGAACAGAUGGGGAGAACAAUGGGCAAGGUGAGACAGAACUGGCUUUUCCUGGGUGCACCUGACAGCCCUCACAUCCAAUAGAAACCCCUUCCCCUGCAAUUCAAACCCUAUCAGUCACCCUGAAAAACCUAGGGAAAAAAAAAAAGUCAACCAGAGGCAUCCACCUGUGGAUUAGCCACUGUCCAACACUGGAACACAGGCCCCAGCCAGCCUGUUAGAAGGCAGGUUGCAAAAGGCAUGUAAAGGCAAAGCACACAAGGGGUGCAGCGGGACUGCUGCAGUGGCAGAGCACUUGCAAGGCUGCUGGCUGCCCUCCCACUUCUACCCCAAUACCAGUGGCUCUAGAAAGCUCUUUGUCUGAGGAGAGUGCUGAGAAGAUGCUUUCCCACCUCCCCAUCUUUGCUAGAGCCUGGACUGCCCAACCUGCAAUCAAUUGCAAACAGUAGAUAGGCUGCUGAAUGCAGAUGGAAUUUAUUUCAAGAGCUGCUGUAAAGUCCAGCCUCACAAGGAGCUGGCACAUGCCAAGGAAUAACUAAUUAAAAACCCAGAGGAGCCCAAUUAAGUCAUUCACUGACUGCAUAUAAUUAGUGGAGUGGCUCAAGUGCAUCAGCCUCCACUCUGAGGGAGGUCUCUCCCUCUGCCGAACCCAGCAGAGGAUAGCUAUAUUUAGAGGGAGGGAUAAAGCCUGUGCCUCUCUCACAGGAGGCCUUGCAGGCUGGGUUUCUUCCCACGUGGUAGUUUUCUUUUUCACAAUAAAGCUUUCAAGCCCCGUCUGAGCUGGACUCCUUUAUGGGGCCUGAAGUAGCAAUCGCAUUUUUAUUACUGUAAGAACAAGUGGAAGGUGGAUACUUGGGAUGGGCAAGGUUUUAACUGGCCUGUUCUGCACCACUGUUUGCCUCUGCAAACACCUCAAUUCAGGGAUACAGGAAAGCUUUGCCAAAAGCCUCCACUCCUCUUUGAUGUAAUUAGGGCUUUGAGCUUACCUAGCAGACAUCUCCAAGAGCUCCCCAGUGGGCUGGCAGAUGUCUCCAUCAAACCAGGGUAAUCAGACAUGACAUUCCUAAUACUUCUCCAAGCUACGCUCUGAACACCCGUCUCCCUCCCCCUCUAGACACUCAGUCAAGUACAGACAGAUGAAGCACCCACACAAGCUUUCACAGCCCUUCUCAGGUGACCUUUAAGCUGGGGCUCUUCUUGAAUCUGCAUUUACCGCUGGUACAAGAUCCCUCCCCCAUGUCAUGGCUUUGCUCUGCAUGGUCAUGAUGGGCAAAAGCAAGCUAGGAGCUAAAGGGUAAGGCUGGAAGCAAAGGCACUGCUGUCUUCAGAGGCCAGAUUGGGCUGAGAGGAUGGUAGCUGUUUUCCUGCCUCCUCAAGGGCAGACAUCUGUUCCCCACUACACCUACACUUCACUCCCCCUUUACUCUGUCGCCCCUGCUACUAAGAGCCUGAGCUCUAGUACAGAACUGCCACAAGUGUCUUCCCACUGUGUCAUCAGGAUCUGCCCCUAGUACACCUGCAGCCAGUCCACAUGGGGAGAUUUCCAUCAGACAGUCAGCAGAGUCAAAGCCCACUUAAAGCUGGACACUGAAGCGCACAUGCUGAGGCACAGCCAAAUGAGGGGAAGGGGAGGUGUUCCUGCUGCAGCCGGUCCCAAAACUGCUUGAGAGAGAAAAAUUCUGAUUCCAGUCCAGUUCAGCCAGUAGACAGGAGAGUCACGAGAGCCGCCCUGUAUGAUGCGCAGAGAAGAGACAGGGCCCUAAACAGAUGGGCCUUUCUGCAGGGCAGAACUGAACUUCCAGAUGUAAAGAAAAAUAGAACUAAGCAGUGAUACACAGCAGCCUGGGCAGCAAACUCAAUCUCCUGGCACCCCAUGCAGCCCCUGCACCAGUUCCAGUGAGGUACAGAGGUGUCGCAUACCAACAUGCUGAGCUGGGAGCAUUUUGGUUCAGUGCGACUGAGGUGAAGGGCAGGCCAGCCAAGUGUAGGGCACUACCCAGCUACAACCUGAAGGGAGAUGGGCCACAAAAUAGCAUAGACAGCCCCACUACCCAUGUUACACUAUACACCCCUGCUCUGCUUUUCUAAAGAGAUUUUUUUGGGUCA